UUCUCCCUCCUCUUUCUCUCUCUAAAAAUUCGUGAACCUCUCCUGACUCCACUAGGUUUUCGUGAAACUUCGCAGUCUAAUUCUACUCGGCGAGCUCUGAAUCAAGUCCCGGAGCUCGUAUCUUCUUCUUCCUCGCCGGGAGUUCUAUCCGAUGAUGCCGUUUUCUCGAGUCGCCGUUCAGAAUCGGAGCGAGGUCGAUACGAGCAUACUUCUCCUGAUAGCUGGAGAAGAAUAAGGACAUUUGCAGUUUGGUGGCAUUGGUAGCUCAUAACAUGGAGAGGACUGUUUCUGUAGAGGAGAACUAUGAAAGUUGCAGUGCUAAUCUUGUUUCCAUGUUGGCGGGAUCAUCCAUUAAGAUUGAUUCAAUAGUUAUAGAUCUUGUCAAUGCAAAUAAUGGGGUUGAUGCAGAGAAGUGCAAGCAUAAUUUCUCUAUACGUGGGUAUGUGUCUGAAGUUCGCAGCAAAGACUGGAAGAAAUGUUGGCCAUUUGCUUUAGAUAGUGGCCAUGAUAACCCUGAGGAACAAAACUGUAAGCUUCCACCUUUAGAUGUUCCAGAGUUCAGAUGGUGGUCUUGCCAAAACUGUCUGCGUAAAGUUGGAGCCAAAGGUAUUGCAAAUGAAGAUGGAGCUCUUGUUAAUACAAAUGGUAACCUCAAAUCAUUUGCCAGUUGUUGCCAUAGUGAUGCUACAAUGCUGUUGUCAGACCUUCAGCAGGCUGCAGACUUAAAAAUUCAUGAAUCAAGUAAUGCUGAUGCUAGUACUUCUUUAAAUGGCAAUUGCAAUGGCUAUCAUCAUUCAUUAUGUGGUGAUAAGGGAGAAAAGAAAGCAAAAAUUGCAAAUUCCCUGAUGAUAGGGCAUGCUACUGGAUCAAGAGAUACCAUGAAGGAAAUUCCAAAUGUUUUAAAUUGUGCUGUAAUUGAGGAUAUUCCUAGCCUCAUGCAACAAAGAUGUCAGACAAAUUUAGCUUUCAGGUCAAAGUGGAAUGGAUCUCUGGAAAAUCGCAAGCAUGACUUGAAAUAUCAACAAGUCAUUGAUUUUACCCAUGUAAACCUCAACCACAUGGUUAAGAAUAAUGCUGAUAUGCUAAAUAGGGUGUCAGAUUCUAUCAAGAAUUGUACAAGUAAUCAUCCUUUCUUGGAAUUGGAUGAAUGUGAUUAUUUGUCAUCUGAAAGUGCAGAGAUAUUGCUUGGAACUGCUUCUGGCAAUUCCCAUCGCCGAAAAACCCGUAAGGUGCGACUGCUGACAGAGUUGUUGGGUAAAAAUGGAGAUGAAAGAACCAAUAUCAUAAGGACAGAAAGUCCUCCAACGAAUGACACUCCCGAUGCAUUUGCAGGAGAGAAUUCAUUUUCUGUUCCUCAAGGUCAAGCCACUAUCCAAGGAAAUGGUGCGGGUAGUUUUGGACAGAACAGGAAAAGAAAGCUCCCUGAAGACGAAGAGUGGAGGUCUGUUGAACAAAACUCUCCCAAUAAUGCAGGUAAGAAAAUUAGGGGCUUCAACAAAAGUGCAGAAAUCGUUGAUGCAGUUGUGAGUUCUGAUUUAGAAGGUGCACUUGCUGGAGCUGGUUUGGAAACUGGUUUAAGGAGCCAUUUGAUUAACCUCAAAAUUGAUGAACACCCUAUUAUGGGAAAGAAGAAAAAUAAAAAAGCUCAGAUUUCUGAUGAAUGUUUAUCCUUGACUUCAUCUCGAGUAGAUGUGCAGAAAGAAACUCUGAAGAAGACUGGAGAUCCUAGCAAGAGCAAUGCUACUGAUGUUGUUUUGUUCAAUUUUGGAGAUACUGCCUUUACAGGAGAGGGGGUCAACAUUUUACCUCCUGUUGAAAAGACAGAGAAACAAACUAGUUUCUCUAAGAGGAAAAACAUGAUGCAUCAAGAUUGUGAUGGACCUGGUUUUUCAAUUCCUGAGAAUAAUAGCAUGCUCAGAGAAAGUCUGACUUCAAGGCAAGGUGUAGAAACGAGAAAUUCUGGGUCUAUUUCUCUUCCACUAAUGUCAGCAGGAGAUUCAUCAACAGAAAAAGGGCUGCAUUUGUCUUUUAGGAAUUGCUUUUCACCUCAAAGAGGAGAUGGGAAAUAUUUUUCUUCAAUCAUGGAUAGGCCAGCAUCUUUGCCGCCUUGGAAAGGGGCCAUUUUUAGAGAAGAUGAAAUUAUGAGGAAAGAUCUUAAGAUGAAUCAUAUGAGAGAUUCUGCUUUCCCCUCUAAAUCUGAACUAGAUUCCUGUCUCAUGCAAGGAGCCCAUGUUGAUCUCAAUAGUAAGAGAACCUCCUAUAGAACAUCCUUCCCUAAUGAGAAGCUAAAAAUGCAUACCUCUCAGGCUGAAUUUGGGAGUUGUUCUUUGCUGCAGCAAAUGCACUUUUGUGGCACUAGUAACAAUAUGAAAACUAUGGGAAAUCAGGAGAAUUUGUUUGUUACCAGGAAACAUGUCAACCAACGAGCUGAGAUGGUGUCUGAUCAGGGAACUUUGGAUGACAUAACCAUGGAAAUUGUUGAACUCAUGGCCAAGAAUCAGUAUGAGAGAUGCCUUCCUGAUGCCAAAACUGAAAAACAGUCAUCAAUAGCAACCAACAAUGCCAGAAAUCAUCAAAAACUGGAUCUUAAUAAAGCAUAUAGAAGUGGGGGGGUUAGCCUAUUGCCAGGUGAGAGUGCUCACAAAUCAAACCCUUGUACCAGUAAUGGAAGGAUUGGCAAAACUACUAAAGGUGAUAAUGUGGGAUCCAGCAAACAAAAAUCAGCUGAUUAUUUCCCCGAAGUAGAUGGUAACCAAUACAACAUGAGCCAAUUGGAGCAAAGCUGUGCUCCUACAGGGUUUCGACUAUUUGCUCGAAGUGGAGAGAAUCCAUCAAAUGGCCUCCAAUUUUCUGAUACCAGUUCCAGCAGGCAUGGUAGUGCUCAGAAUUGCCAGUGGAUUGGGAAUAUGGUUGGGAACAGGCCUUCUCACAGUACCAUGCAGGCAUUGGUAGCAUGUAAUGCAUGCCAGGGUGCUCCUCAACAGAAAGCAGCUCAUCUUUUGUCAUCAUUGAUGCCAAAUAACCUGGCCUUCCUUUGUACUAUUCCACAGAAGUGUGCAGAUGAGUCAACCAACUCAGAUGGGCAUUCAUGUUGUCCCAGCAACCUGCCCAGGGGUAAUAUGAAUGGGGGUAAUGAUCGAAACUUUUUAAAUCUAAGUACUUCCAACCUCGAGAGGUAUAAUAGGAAGUUUGACUCUGAAACUCUCAGAAGUACCCCUUCUGAUUACCCAUUUCCUUGCAAACAUCAUGGGGUGGGGACAUUGGAUCUCUAUUCUAAUGAGACCAUACCAGCCAUGCAUUUACUCAGCCUUAUGGAUGCAGGAUUUCAGUCAGGUGCUCCAGUUGAUUUGAAUGGAAACCAAAAAUUCCUUAGGAGAGAUUCAUUUCUUCACAAUCAUCACUUUGAAGAGUUCCCAGACAUGGCAUCUAGUGGAUGUAGGACCAGCAAUGCCACAAAACACCUGGCAUCUGAUUGUUAUGGUAAAAACCAUCAGCUUGCAGAUUUCCAUGAACAUUUAGCAGCCAUUCCAACUGCUGGUGCUUCUACUUCAUUUCAACAUGAUAGAACUUUCAAAAAGGACUCUGCUUUUCCUGUUCAAUUAUCAUUAAAGUCACGGGAUAAAGAGAAAACAAAGCACUCAGAUUCACAAAUACAGAAUAGGAACCGGAGAUCACAGAAAACUACAUCUUCUAGCGGUGGCUUGAGCACAACUUGUGGAUCUAUUCCUGUUCAUAGUAUGCCAAAACUGAUACUUGGCACAGCAAAUUUAAUGUUCCCCCCGCAAUUUCCUGCAAUGGAUAAUGCAACUAGAUACAAGUUGGAGGCCCAAGCUGUGAGUAGGGAUGUGAGUGGAGCUGUUUUGCCUUCAAAAGCCAGUUCUAAGACUGAAAUCUGCAGUUUAAACAGAAAUCCUGCUGAUUUUACCGUGCCUGAACCAGGAAAUGUAUACAUGAUCAGAGGUGAAGACCUAAAAUUUAGGAGGCCAUCUGCCUUUGGGAACAGAAGUGGGUUAUUAAAACUGGGUGGCCACAAGCGUCAGAAGAAAGUUUGCUGCCACUAAAGAGCAUUCCUGAAAUCAAACAUCAUGAGACAAUCAUUCACAUAGAUGCUGGUAAGUCCUUGGAACUUCUAUUAUCUCCACUGCUUCAAAUUAACAACCUCUUCCUUAAGACGAGUUAUAGGACAGCCUUUCUGUGUCAAUCAAGCUGUCAUUCGUUUAAUUUCAGCAGGCAUUUUCCAAAAAGUAUUGCUCAGCAAUGCGAAAUGGUGAUGACUUCUAAGCUUCGCAAAGUGCCAGCCAGCCAAUGCAAUAGUUGGAACAAAGAUUGCAAAGUCCAUAUCGUUCUUUUGGACUAUAGAUUGUCUCAUUGACAUUAGAAUAGGUACCAAUGGGGCAUUUAAAAUUCCCAAAAGCCAAGCCAAGGAGGACAUGUCAGGUGCAAGCAAGGUAAGGCCUUUAAAUAUUGCUAAUGUCUUCACCUUGCAUAGGCACACAUAAAAACCUAUUUAAUUGGAUACUGUAUGUUGUUUUCAAUAUUUUUGUAAAACAUGAACGCCCUUCAGCACUCAUAAUGGGGGCGGCUUAUGUAUUACUUAAGUUACUCAGCUUCAUUCCCGAGCUCAGGAAGUGAGAGUGGAAGCAGAUACUAUGGAUUUUAUCAGGUGUUCUAAUGUUCUGAAGCAUAGGUUUGAAUAACCCCUCCUAACGGGGUAAUUAUUCUGUGGUAUUUUAUAGUGUGUGAAAGAGAGUAUCUUCUCUUUCUUUCUUUCUUUCUUUCUUUCUUUAUUAUUUUAUUAUUAUUAUUUUUUUCUGCAUAUUGAUUAGUUGGAAUAAAUGAAAAUUGAAAUG